AUGUCGAGGAAGCUAAAAUUCAGGCUCCAGCCCGUCCCACAGCAGGCGCCGAACCCUGCCGCCGAUUACACGGCGCCGGAGCUUGAAUUUGUUCACAUUGAACAGCCGGCGCAGAUGAAGGACGCGGCGACGCAGCGGCGAAUCCGCCGCCAUGUCAUGCGUAACGUGGAUCGCGCCCGGGGAGGAGGUCGGGCUGCCUCCUCGGUGGUGGUGCGCCGAAGCACAUCGGACCGUGUAAAGGGCUUGGUGCUUGCUCCAACGCCGGCCGGCCUCGAUUACUUCGGGGUCUGCAGCCGCUUCGAGUGUCUCUUUCGUUCCAUGGACAUGAUCUCAGAGGGGCUGCUGGCGAUGACCGUCGCUGAUCUGUCAUUCCACUCUCGGCUGACUGUGGGCGACGACUUGGGUCAGCUGCAGAGCCUACCGUUGUAUAAGCAAGAGCGGCCAAUCAACGGGAUAUCGCAGUAUACCGAGUCUGUCCACCUCGUACGCGAGUCCAUGGCGCAGCUGCAGCAUGAGCCAAGUCGCAACGCCGUGAUGGGCACCAUUAUUUGCUUGGCUUAUCUAGACAUGCGUGUGCACAACUUUGGACGGUGUAAGAUGCAUCUCGAUGGACUCUCCAAGAUUGUUGACCUUUGUGGGGGCUUAGAGGCACUCGAAUCCUGCAAUGCCAUACGCCAGGCGCUCUUCAUCGCCGACGUCUUGGACUCGACAAACAUGGACUCUCAGCCGCGGUUUCAAGUGCCGCGAGAAGGGCCCGCUGUGCCAUCAGCCCAUGUGGGAAAACCUGUACAGAACAUGUUGCAUUCAUUCGCACGAAGGAUAGAGCAGUCUCCGUCUGACCAGGUAGCCCUUGGUGUUGUCGAGGGUGCCUUUAAGUCGGCCUCGCAGCUCGCAUCUUUACUGAACCGCUUUGGUGGGCAGGAAGAGAUGACGGUGAAUUUGUUGCUCUCGGUUUGCCGAAUAACGCACGGUAUUUUAUCUCUUCCCGCGUUGCAAUGCAGCAGCCGAUCAACCAGGGCAUCUAGUGUCGAGCCUGAGGCUGACGCCUCUACAACAUCACCUGCAUGCGCCAUGGCGGAACUAGUCCGAUUGACCAGCUUGAAUCUAGCUCGAAUGGUCAUGGACAAAACUUCCGGAGACGACUUAUACUGUGUGAAUAUCGAAGGCCUCGUCCUGCGUCAGUUGCUCCAGCGGACAAGCGAUAGCGACUGGCAAGGCUUCAACGAGCGCGGGGUAGCUUGUGGUACUGAGUGGCUCUCCCCCUCCUUCCAAUCGUCUGCUAGUCGUGGCAGAAUGGCUUCAAGCAAUCUGAAAGCCGAAUAUGAUGUCGUAUUCGUGGGAGGGGGCACCGCGGCCUGCGUGACGGCUGGUCGGCUGGCGAAGGCUGACCCGAAGCUGGCCAUCUUGUUGAUUGAACAGGGACACACCAACCUGGAGGUCCCCAGCAUAGUCACUCCCGCCAUGUUCUUGAGUCAUCUCUUCCCUGGAAGCGAGACCGUCAUGUUUCACUCGGCGAAGAAGGAGUCGAGCCUGGCAGAUCGCGGUCUUGUGGUGCCGUCCGGAGGUAUACUCGGUGGUGGUUCCUCAAUCAACUUUACGAUGUAUACUCGAGCAUCUGCUGUCGACUUUGACUCUUGGAAGACCGAAGGCUGGGAUGGAAAGCAUUUAAUGGCCCUUGCGAACAAGGCGGAGAAUCACCAACUCGAUGACCCCAAAAUUAACGAGAGCGCUCACGGUCAUGCCGGCCCGAUCCAGAUCAGCUAUGGGACUCACUGCCCCAAGAUGAUCAACGACGACAUUUUCGAUGCGGCCGAAGCCCUGGGCAUUCCUCACGUGGCCAAUCUGCAAGACUUCGAAGCAGGUCACGGCUUUGAGCGCUGGGCCAAAUACAUCAGUCCGGACGGCAGGAGACAGGAUACGGCUCACGGUUACAUCCAUCCUUUACUUAAAUCCGGCAACUAUCCGAAUCUUCAUAUUCUCCCCGAUUCAACUGUCACUCGCAUCAAGUUUGACGGCACUCGCGCUGUUGGUGUCGAAUACGAGCCAACUUCAAACAAGGCCAAAGUGGCGGCGGCCUUUAUUGCUGCCAAGAAACAAGUGGUAGUCACUGCCGGGGCUCUGACUACCCCCUUGAUCCUGGAGCGAUCGGGACUUGGCAGGGCUGAACUGCUCCGCGACCUUGGCAUCGACGUAGUCUCGGACCUGCCCGGCGUCGGAGAGAACUACCAGGACCACAACCUCAUAACCUACCGCUACAAGGCCAAGCUAACCCCGGAGACGUCGUUUGACGGCCUCCUCAGUGGCCGCGAGGACAUCGCCGAGGCCAUGGCCGCCGGGUCGUCCAAGAUGGGCUGGAACGGCCUCGACAUCGGCGGCAAGCUGCGGCCGACCGAGGACGAGGUCGCACAGCUCGGCCCUGCGUUCCGGGAGCGCUGGGAGCGCGACUUCGAGCACCAGCCGACACGACCCGUCAUGCUGCUCGCCUUCUUCGCCGGCUACUUUGGCGACCACGUCGCCCUCAACGAGCCCGCCGACAACCCGGCGCACUACAUGACCACCGGCGCCUUCACCGCCUACCCGUACGCGCGCGGCAGCGUGCACCUCACCUCCGCCGAUCCCCGUGGCGGCUCCCCGGCUGAAUUCGCGACCGGCUUCCUCGCCGACCCCGUCGACUUGACCAAGCAGGUCUGGGCGUACAAGAAGCAGCGCGAGAUCAUGCGCCGCAGCGACCGCUACGCCGGCGAAGAACCGAACAGCCACCCGUCCUUUCCCGCGGGAAGCAAGGCGGCGUGCCGCGACGGGCCGGCGGUGGAGGGCGGCUUCCGGAGCGUGGCGGAGCGGGCGGCGCUGCCGCCGAUCGAGUACAGCAAAGAAGACGACGAGGCGAUUGAGGGCUGGAUCCGGAAGCGCAUCCAGACGGCGUGGCAUUCGGUGGGCACGUGCAAGAUGGCACCGAGGGAGGAGGGGGGCGUGGUGGACAAGGACUUGAAUGUGCAUGGCACGCAGGGGAUCAAGGUGGCGGACUUGUCGAUCCUGCCGGAGAAUGUGGGCGCGAACACGUACAAUACAGCGCUGAUCGUCGGUGAGAGGGCGGCGGAGAUUAUUGGGCAGGAGCUUGGUCUGACAGUUUAG